UCUCUCUCAAUGCUUUCUGCUGGUAUAAAUCACUGCUGGGGGUGGAGAUAAGUUCAGCUUGCUGUUUAAUGCUGAAGGAGGAUUGCCUGCUGGUCACAAUUGCUCAGUUUCCUCUCUUCUGUCACUGAGAAAAACAAGUUGUGACUUUUGGAUUUUUAGAGUUCCAUCAUGUGUAAAGGACUUGCAACACUCCCUGCAACCUGCUUGAAAAGUGCUAAAGACAUCAAGCACAAAAUAAGCUUCUUACUACAGAAGCCUGAACCUCAAGCCGCAGAUCAGAAGGAGGUAAAGGAGAAAACUGCAACGGCUGUUACAAAGAGAGUCCCUAACGCUGCGGAGGUGGAGAAAUGGAAGGAGUCUUUCUGUCAUGUAAUGAACAGUGAAAUGGGUCGCACAGUCUUUACCAGCUUCUUGAAGUCAGAGUUCAGCCAGGAAAAUGUUGACUUCUGGAUUGCUUGUGAGGACUACAAGAAGACUCCACCUUCCAAGAUGGCAACCAAAGCCAAGCAAAUGUACCAGCAAUAUGUUGAGGCAGAUGCUCCAAAUGAGGUAAACUUGGACGCAGCUACUAGAGAAAAAACAAGGCGGGAAAUCGAGAGUGGCGGCCCAUCCUGUUUUGAUGAGGCUCAGAAGAUGAUCUACAAUUUGAUGGAAAAAGACUCUUAUAGAAGGUUCCUGAAAUCCAAGAUGAUUCAAGAAAUAUGCCAGAAAGAGAGUUGUGCUGCUCAAGAGAAGAAAGGCUGUGAUUGGCUUGACAGUAGGCAGGUUUUAGCUGGUGGGGCCUAAACACUGGGGUGACAUARAGAUUUAAAGCAGGUGCCAAAGAUGGAAAGUGCAACAGAGUACUAGACUGAGAGGGAUAAAUUAUCGGUUUAUGUUAAUGGUGACUCAUGUAGGUCUAUACAGGAUGACUUUUUUUUCUUUACUUAUUCAAUUUGCUGUCAUUCUCUUGCAAAGAUUAGUAGUCAUAUAUUUGAUAAAAUGUAAUGUUUUCCAUCUCUGAAUUCACAAUCUGCUGUAUUGUGGUUUUCUGGAGAGACUGGUAUGGUCAGACCUUACAUUCUAUUUCCAUUAAUAAUAAAAAUACAGUUUUCACAAAUAUAUGUAUAGUGACUCCAAAUUACAACCCUGGUACUAACUAUAGGUCAGACAUUAAAACGGAUUACGAUCAAUCUACCUCCAACCAACAAACUGAGCUCUUUACUUUGAACACUUGAAAAAAGGUUAAAAAGACUAUUAAUUUCCACAGACUGCUUAAGCAUGUCCAUUUAAUGUUCACAUGCGGUCUGAAUUUCAAUGCAGUUCCAGCACAAAUUUAGUACAAAACUAAAACUUGAUUCAGUUUAUCAACCUGCCAAGACACUCCUUUGCACUUUAGCAAUUUUUUAGACUUUUCUUUGGAAUUUAAAAUCCUAAAWUCUGGCUAAUUUUGAAAUAGAAGCAAAAAGAAACACAUCAAUCAGAUCUUAUGACAACAUUACUAUUGGCAUAUGGACUGAUUGAGUACAAAACUUCAGUAUUAGUAUAGUGCACCUUAACUGAAUGCAUUAGAAGAAACAUAAAGCCACUUGCUUCAAAAUGAGUUUUAGUGGCAACAGUAAGCAGCAGAAUGUAAGAUACAAACACUCUAUGGCUUAACAAUUUAAGUUAAUUUAAGUUAAUUUGCAUUUAAUUAAUSUUUAUGGYGGCUUGUGCAACAGCAAUCGGAUGUCUGAUGCAUGUUCUCAUUGCUUUGUAAUUCCCAAAAUUCAACAAAACUAUCAAUUGACURUGCUUGUAUGAACAUCUUGACAUGAGCUCUACACUGUGAAAAUAGCUUCAUCUAAUAUCAGUAUGCCAUAUUUUCAUGCUAUAUACUCUAAACAUUUGAGAUAAUAGCUAAUUGCUAAUUGUUUUUUAAUGAGGUGUUUCAAACAUUUAUAUGUAAGCCCUGCUGCAUUGCCAAAAAAAAAAGAAAAAAAAUGGAUGGAGACUUGCUCGAUAUAAAAGGAGCUUGCAAACAUGUGUGUUAAAUUAAAAUGUAUACAGUGAUCAUUUUAAAAACUAUUGAUUGUGUAUGUUGAUAUUAUUCAAUUAUGGUAUUGCUCUAUUUAUCUGUCUGUGGCUGUUCAAAAUAAAGUUGUGCUUCAAAAGCUG